GUAUAAAUAAACUCUCCAUUUUUCAAUUUCUCUUCACAACCUCUUCUAGCUUCUUCUGCUUUUAUAUUUGAUAUUUCUUUUUUAAAACAUUUGAGAAGAGAAUAGAGAUGGCUAUAGUUGGUAGCCGAAGAAGAUCAGGGACGACCCAACAAAAUGCUAAUUUACCAGUUGUCUCAGCUAAUUAUAAGUGGAAGAAAUGGUCAUAUUUGGUCCCUCUUGUUGUUGCCCUUGCUGUUAUGUCAGACAUGGCCUUUGUGGAUCGUCUCCACUUCUUCUCUGGGCCUCCACCUAUUAAUCAAGAACAGGAACCAACAAUACAGGAGCUUGUGCAACUUAGUAAGAAUGAACUGGAGACCAUGCCAUUUUUCGACAAUUUUUGGGAUCAAAUUCAAAAUAAUGAAAAUAUUUCACUUCGUCUUGAAAAUCUUGUGAGCUCUUGCAAUGAUAGCAAGAUAGAUAUGGUGAUAUAUUGCAUUGGGAGCAUAAAACAUAGAGAAAGCUCAAGGUUGCAACUAAGCCUUGCUCUUUUGUUGAAGGAAAAAGUGAAUUGGAUUAGUGAUACCAUACAAAUAUUUGAUCCAAAUCUCACUUAUGUAGAGAAUCAAGCUUUGAGGGAUAUGGGUUUUCAAGUGUUGGAGAAUAAUGAGGAAGGUGGGCGAAAGGUGAACAAACCAACAUUGUUCUACAUGCCUCAUUGUCUAGUGGAUUUGUAUGUGAAUCUAUUGAAAGAAAACCAAGAGGAAGGCACACUCAUGAGAAACGUAGUGAUAUUAGGGAAUAGCUUCAACCACUAUAAUACUAUAAUUCCUAGUGAUGAUGUCAACUUGUUGGCUCAAAAAUUUGCUCAUGAAUUCCAAAUUGUGAGAAACGUAGUGGAUAUAUAGCCAUUAGUUCAAGUUGCCUUUAAACGCUUAAG